AUGUUGAAGAUAAAAAUCAAAAUAAUUUUUGAAUGCAUAAUUAUCUUAUUAAAAAUCAGUUUUUAUUUAUCCCGUCGUACAGUUAUUGAAAGAUCAAGAGUUGUAUACGAUUCCUAUGGAGAUGAUUCUUCUAAUUCUACUGAUGAUUACAAUAAUGUAACCUUUCCUCAAGAAUUUGAUGCAUUUUAUGGAAAGUCAUACUUCUCAUACGAAGAUGCGAAAGAUCCAUUCAACGAAACAAAUGUAACGAAUGAUUAUUAUUUUGAUAAUAAAAGUCGUGAAACGUAUUCAGAUGAUAAUGGAUGGUAUAAUUAUGAUUUUAAUGAUCAAUCUAACGUGAAGGAUGAAAAUUAUACGUUUGAUGAGAAAAAUGAAAACGAUAGAGAUUAUGACAGUGAUUAUUAUUCAGGGCGGGAUCAGGACGAAAUCUGGAGUACACAGUAUGGGUUAGAAGGACAACAAACUAAUGCUAGAGAAAACGAAAAGUGA